GCGGUGGGACUGGGGGUUGAGUCGAGGGGCAAGGCGAGGGGAGAGCCUAUGGAGGAGCGCUGGGGCCGGAGAGGGGAGGAGCAACAACACGGCUCUGCAGCCGCACAUGCCAGCGGAGGGAACUAGUGCCGGAGCGGCUCCGAGGCUGCAGUUGCUGGGUUCAUUAGAUGCGAUCUGACUUCUGACCUGUGCUUCCUGCGCCGCCGAUCCCCCCGAGCACACGCCGACCGCUCUGCCCUUUGAUUUCAGGCCCGUCACAUUCACGCCGUCGUUCUAACAGCAGGUGUCGACAUGCUGGAGCAGGUUCUGUCGUUCGGCCGCUCCCUGGUGCGCAGGAAGGUGGUAGACCUGAGCAGCCUGGAGGACUCCAAGCUGUGCCGCUGCCUGGGGACCGUGGACCUCAUCGCUCUGGGAGUGGGCAGCACCCUGGGGGCCGGCGUCUACGUCCUCGCCGGCGAGGUGGCCAAGGGCGACUCGGGCCCCAGCAUCGUCAUCUCCUUCCUCAUCGCUGCCCUGGCCUCCGUCAUGGCGGGCCUGUGUUACGCCGAGUUUGGCGCCCGCGUGCCCAAGACAGGCUCCGCCUACCUGUACAGUUAUGUGACUGUGGGGGAGAUAUGGGCCUUCAUCACCGGUUGGAACCUCAUCCUCUCCUACGUGAUCGGUACGUCGUCGGUUGCCAGAGCCUGGAGCGGCACCUUUGACGAAAUGAUAGGCGGCCACAUCGAGGUCUUCUGUAAAACGUACUUCAGCAUGAACUCCCCCGGUUUGGCCCAGUAUCCGGACUUCUUUGCUGUCUGCCUCAUCCUGCUGCUCUCUGGGCUCCUGUCGUUCGGUGUGAAAGAGUCCGCCUGGGUCAACAAAGUCUUCACGUCGGUCAACGUGCUCGUCCUCCUGUUCGUCAUCAUCUCCGGCUUCGUCAAAGGGGACACGCACAACUGGAAGAUAACGGAGGAGUCCCUGGUUAACGUCACCAUAGUGACGAGGAACCUGUCGGUGACGGCCAACGUGAGCAGCGACUACGGCGCCGGGGGGUUCAUGCCGUACGGCUUCAGCGGGACCUUAGCUGGAGCCGCCACGUGCUUCUACGCCUUCGUCGGAUUUGACUGCAUCGCAACAACAGGCGAGGAGGUGAAGAACCCUCAGAGAGCCAUUCCCAUCGGCAUCGUGGUGUCGCUGACCGUGUGCUUCCUGGCCUACUUCGGCGUGUCCGCUGCGCUCACGCUGAUGAUGCCCUACUACCUGCUGGAUGAGAAGAGCCCCCUGCCCAUGGCCUUCGAGUAUGUGGGCUGGGGUCCUGCCAAAUAUGUGGUUGCUGUGGGGUCACUGUGUGCGCUCUCCACCAGUCUGCUGGGCUCCAUUUUCCCUAUGCCUCGUGUAAUCUAUGCUAUGGCAGAGGAUGGGGUGCUUUUCAAAGCCUUAGCCCGAAUCAAUCCUAAGACGAAGACCCCACUUAUUGCCACUAUGAGCUCCGGUGUAGUAGCAGCGAUCAUGGCUUUCCUGUUUGACCUGAAGGCUCUGGUUGACAUGAUGUCCAUCGGAACCUUGCUGGCCUACUCCCUAGUCGCUGUGUGUGUACUGAUUCUCAGGUACCAGCCUGACGGAGCUAUGGAGCGGCGCGCAGGUGCCGGCGAGAGGGACUACCUGUCCUCCGAGGAGGGCGAGUCGGACCUGACUGAGUCCGAGUCCCACCUGAACAUGCUGAAGAGCGGGAGCUCCACCCUGCAGGCGGUGCUGCACCCCCCCGCCGCGCCCUCCGAGCACUCCUCCAGCGUGGUCAACAUGUCGGUCGGCGUGCUAGUGCUGCUGGUGUGUGUGGUCAGCUACCUCACCACGUACCACAUCGGCGCCGUCCUCGCGCUGGAGGCCUGGGUCCUGGCGUUGCUGUGUGCGUGUCUCCUCGUCUUCACUGGCUGCACCCUCAUGGUGUGCAGGCAGCCACAGACCAGCAAAAAGGUCUCCUUCAUGGUCCCACUUUUGCCUUUUCUGCCCAUUUUGAGCAUAUUUGUUAAUAUUUACCUAAUGGUUCAACUGAGUGGCGAUACCUGGGUACGAUUCUCUGUGUGGAUGGCUGUUGGUUUUCUGAUCUACUUCGGCUACGGCAUCUGGCACAGCGAGGAGCGCCGGCGCCGGGGACCCGCCAAGGGCAGCGGCACCAAGGAGAACCCCGAGACCGGCCGGGAGAAGCAGGACGGCGUGGCUGCGGCGGCGAAGGACCAGGAGCAGUUCAUCUGUCCGGAGAAGACCAGCCGGUGCUGAGGGGCGGCGGCGCAUUCACAGACUCCGAGGCAACAGAUGCAUAAAAGCACAGUAGCUCUGCCUUGAUGCACCUGUACAUAAAGCUUCACUGUGAGCGCAGUGUCAGCAUUGUAGCGGCGGCGGCGGCGGCAGGAAGGGGGGGCCGCUCUCUUAGCGCCCGGGGCCACGUCCUGUCGGCCGCGUUGGGCAGCGCGGAGGCAGGAACCAACGGACAGGUAACACACUGGAGAGCGAUCAUUUAGGCCAACACUGAAACAGUCAGUGCGGAGCUUUCCUGUUUCAUCCUAGACUGUAGUUUUAGCACGUGAUGUCAUUUUGAGCAGGUUUUUGUACAGGUGAGUUUUAAUGUAAAGCCCUUCGCUUCACGCUACUCAGAUAAAAUGUCCAUUAGUGUCGGAUUCCAGUCCCUCAUGUGUAGUAGCAUUGUCCGUGGUUUUAGUUUGAGGGGGAGCUGUCAGUGUUACAUUAGGUUGAUUGACUAGUUGAAGUAUAUUUUAGAAGCAUUUUGUGUGUACUGUAAUUAUUCCAUAAUGGGAAACUGUAUCGUAAAACUGCCACAUGCAGAUUCAUGUGUCACGUAGCUGCUUCGACUCUUAACUUGUCAAGACUCGUCUUGAUUUAUGUCAGCGACUUGAACUUGGGCCAAAUGCUUGUGGUGAGUUUCUCAACAUCUACAUCUUCUAAAGAUGUUAUGUAACUGAUGGUAUGAAUCUUUACUGUAGAUGUUAAAUACAGUUUGUGUAGAUAUUGUGGUGGAGUUGUUCAUUAUUUUCUUAUGGCUCAGUAUUAUUCUCUUUGUUUGUGUAUGUGUGUGAUUAUGACAACUGUAUUUUCCUCUUGAUGCCUUUGGGAGCUGGCAGUUAUUAUCUAGUGCUCAGUGUAAACUAGUUUACUGCAGGAACGCUUCACUUUGUACCCAUAGUUUUUUUAUUAAUCCUCCUCUUGGCACAUGUUUUUCAUAUAAGCAUGAACCGAUUUUCUAUCAACCAGAUUUAUUACAAGUUGAAGUAUUAAAUGAGAAACGGUUUGUGUUGCCACCUCGCGGUGAGUGUUUCUUUCCAGGUUUUGCUUCAAGCCGCUGUGAGCCGCCAGCUUUUACUUGUAUUAUAAACUAUAAGGCUCAGCUGGAUUGCGGUCAGAACUUGUUUCCUGUGUGACCUUUGACCUUUGUUCACGGUGCUUUCCCUCAAUAGAUAGGUCAGAUUCUGAAGCUGUAAGAUGUGAAAUGUGAAACCCAUUCACAAGCGGGAAAAGAUGGGUCUGAACAUUUACAUGUACAAUAUCCCUGUCAUACGGUGAAGCCACAUCUACAGUGUUGAUGCAUUACUAUGUCCAUAGCAAAUGCAUUUUCUGGUCACACAUCUGAAUGUAUGGUUUAUUAUGUAAGCUAGUGAAGUAAACAAUAAAGAUUGGAAUAAUGAAACUAAAA